CCCUCUUCAGAUAAUACAGCUCAGGUGGAAGAGGCUUAGGUGGGUCUCCAUGGCAACCACCAAUCAGGAGCUGGGUUGCCUUGGGGUUCAUCUGAGGAGCUGUGUGGUUCCAGCCUCUGGAGACACACACACACACAUAUUGCAAACACCAGCCCAGGGUGGAUCCCUCCUCUGAUCAGCAUUGUUUUCUCUCAGCACAACUUCUGAGAGAUAGAGGAGGAAGAAGCACGAGGCAGCACAAGAGGAAGAGGAGGGAGGCGUUUGGAUGUAGUUUCCCUUGACCCUGUCCUCCUGUGGCCGAUGAACUUUCUGUCUUUCCCUGAAAGGAUCCAGACGCUCUCGUCUCCCAGACAGGGAAGCAGAAUCAGGACCCCCUGAGACCUUCACCUCCACAGAGCCUGAUCUCAGAAAGCCAGGAUCUGGAAGCUCAAUCAUCUGGACGCUUUAGAGACUUUUAUGGCCAUGAGAUUAUCUUACUUUUAUGCGGUGCUUGGAGCUUCCCAAGUUAAUUCACAACUGCUUCUUACAACACCACGACUUUGUCUUACAGACUUAGAAACGAUUGCUCAGAGAGGUUAAGCGUCUUACGUCUUACCCGAGGCCGCCCAGCUGUGAAGGGGGAGGUCUUCUCACUCGGGCAUCAGCUCUCCCCGCCUCAUCCCGUUCUCCCCACCUUGGCUGACAGAGGGGCUGAGGAAGACGCACUCCUGCCCCGCCCCGGCAGGGCCUGGGGGCCAUGUCCCUGCUCCCGUGGCUCCGGGGGAACGAGGCGCCGCCACGGCCGUCGCCGCGGAGCCCGGCGGAGAUGGUGCUGGAGACGCUCAUGGUGGAGCUGGCGGGGCAGAUGCGCGAGGCUGAGCGGCAGCAGCGGGAGCGCAGCCACGCGGUGAGGAAGGUCUGCACCCGCGUGGACUACAGCUGGCUGGCCAGCGCGCCGCGGCCCGCAUACGACCUCAGCCCCGGAGAGAGGCUGCAGCUGGAGGACGUCUGCGCCAAGAUCCACCCGGCCUACUGUGGGCCCGCCAUCCUCAGGUUCCGGCAGCUGGUGGCGGAGCAGGAGCCUGAGGUGCAGGAGGUGUCCCGGCUCUUCCGCUCGGUGCUGCAGGAGGUCCUGGAGAGGAUGGAGGAGGAGGAGGAGGCGCAACGGCUGACGCGCCAGUGGAGCCUGCGGGCCCCCCGAGGCACCCUGACCACCUUCAGGAGCCGUGCGCGCAUCGCCCCCUUUGCCAGCGACAUCCACACCAUCUCUGAGGACGUGGAGCGGGACACGCCGCCGCCGCGGGCCUGGAGCUUGCCCGAGUUCCGGGCACGGAAGGAGGACUGAUCCUGCCUCCCCUGUCCGGGGCGGGGCCCCCUCUGGGAGGGUAUGAUAGACCUGGACCAUCCCGCGUCCUGGAACCUCCCCACUCUGCCCCGACCCCGACGUGGGGCCAAAAUGACUGCCCAUCCCAAGAUAUGCCUGUAAGACAGAGCAACCCCUCCCUGCCCGGCCUCUCCCACUGACCACUAGGCCUAGAGUCAGGGAUUGGAGCUGCACCCAGAGCCCCCUGCUCCCCUGCGCAAGUCGGCUGGAGCAGCCCUUUCCCUGCCCCGCAGAGAUUUUUGAGGGUCUCAGCAGACAGACCACCACCUCUUCCCCAUCUCCUGUUUCUGUCUAGAACGGAAGAGUGGCCCUGCCUUUUGCCAAGUCAUGAGUUCUCACUCCAAUUUAAGGAUGUCCCAUCACCCCCACUCCCUGGAUAGUGAUUAGGGAUGACCCGUUGGCUGGUGGUUAUUCUCUGCUGGUGUCUGUCGUGCACCCCACCACAGCCAGUGGGUCCCAGCCUGGUGGGUGGGCAGAGCUGGAAGGGACCACCGGUCCACUCUCCUCAACUAGUGAGUGAGGAAACAGGCUCAGAAGCGGGCGGGAUUCCGCCACCGUUAACUGCAGCCUGAUCCCCUUGGGCCUUGAGCUUGCUCCCUUACACAGGUAUCUCUGCCCCUGCAUCUGUGAGUCCUGGGCUAUAAUGCGACAAGCCCAAAGGCUGAUCUCCACCUGCCUGUGGUCUGACCCAUCUCUUACCUUGGCACUGGUGUGGGAGUCUGAAGUAGCUGGGGGCAGAGGUGGGUUGCUAUUACCCCACCCCACAGUGUCAUCAUGUGGGAGGGGCCAGUCCCCAGCAGAAACUUCCGGAAGCUAAGCUUCAAGGCCUUUGGACUUGCUGCUCCAGAAAGUCAGGUGUUUGACUCCAGGGUCCCUUCUCUACCUGGCUUUGUCUGCUCUUUGACUUUCUUCAGAGAAGUGAUGUCCAGACUUGUAACUGACCUCAAGGUACCCAAGUGAAAUAUUCCAGAACCUCCCCACAGGCUUCACUGUCUUUCCAUUUCUAACCCAGUUAGAUCUUGGUGAUGGGCAUAUGAUUAUCCAGUGUGUGGAUCAACAGUGGCAGACGUGGAAGUCCAGGCAGCCUCCCCACAUACUCUGGGCUGAAGUUGGGUGGGUGGGGGAUGGGUGGGGAACAUGUCUGGCCCCAAUUAUCAGUGUGUGCUCAGAAAAUCCAAGUGGGUUUUAAUAUUGUGUGCACUAAGUCACUGCAGUCGUGUCUGACUCUCUGCCACCUUAUGGACUGCAGCCUGCUAGGCUCCUCUGACCAAGGGAUUCUCCAGGCAAGAAUACUGGAGUGCGUUGCCAUGCACUUCUACAGGGGAUCUGCCUGACUCAGGGAUUGAACCUGUGUCUCUUUUGUCUCCUGUAAUGGCAGGCAGGUUCUUUACCACUAGUGCCAACUGGGAAGCCCAGGUGUAAAUAAAAUGCCAGAAGGAGACAAUUCAACAGCAGGGGGAAAUCUGUAUAUUCCCUGACCAAACUUAGUGGGAAAAAAGUUCUUUUUAUGAUCUGGUUUUGGAUAUUUUCACUCAGAUCUGGACAAGAGAAUUAUAGGAUGGUGGACAACCUCUCAUCCAACGCUAAUAGGAUGAAAGAGUUAAUUGACUUAUGAACACAAUUGGUGAAAGUUGAGAAUCACUUAAAUAACAUACACAUCUAAAAUAUCUUACAUAUUCUAAGACAUAAAGAUGUUUGUUCAAUUGCUAAACUUUUAACGUAGACCGAAGCUGCAUUCACUUUUUUGGUGACAUGUGUGGCUUGUCUGAUGGGAGUUCUGCACUUAUGUUUUAUUUUUUGUGUGUACUUUAAUCAUAACAACAAGAACAACUGGUAUAAACAGAUUUUGGCCUCUCAUGAAAACCCUCCCUGCCCACCUCAAUCAAGACAGACUGACCCCCACCAGCUUCAGACCCCAGUCACCUACUGGAGGAAGUCCCAGCUGGCAGCACUCAGACCCACAAGUUACUCCUCUGGAUUCAGGUCAUUAAAUGGAGUAGUGAGACCUAAAUUUCUGGUUUUAUAAACCCAGUGACAACAAAUGAAAGAACAAAAUAGUUUGAGAAUCUCCUUGUGAGUGUGGUUUCCGGAGGAGAUGGGUUGAGUCUGCUCCAGACUGGGUAGUUUCUUUGCACUCAGCUCAACACCACUGGCCACUAGAGGGAGUCAGUGGGUGUGGGAACCACUUCCUGAUAACAUUUUCUUUUGCUGAGCUGUUUGUUUCUGUUUUUCACUUGUUUCGCCUUAUGAACAUUUUCAGAUACAGAGAUGUAGAGAGGAAAGUGUAUGGAGUUUCCAUAUGCCCAUCACCAAGGCUUAAAAAUUAAUAACAUGUUGCCAUAUUUGCUUUUCUACUUUUUGGUGAAGUAUUUAAAAGUAAAUCCUAGACAUCAUAUUUUACCCCUGAAUACUUCAGGAUGCACUGCAAAGGAAUAAGAAAAAUUUCCUGUGUAACUACAGUAGAAUACUAUCACUCUUCCCCAGAUUAACAGUAAUUCUUUAGUAUUAUCUAAUGCCCAAACCACAUUGAAAUUUCUCUAGCUUUUCCCAACCAAUGAUCUUUGCAGUUUAUUUCUUUGAAUGAGGAUCUGAUUUGUUUUAUUCUUGGUCAUUUAGUGUUUAUUUAAUUCCACAAUAAAGUGUUGGUUAAAAAGAGUGCUUAUGAAGCAUGAGUGUUAGUGUGUGGUAAGUUAAUGACGGCACAUAAAUGAUAACAAUUCUGCAAAUUAGCCUAAGGAUGCUCUUUACUCAGAUCCUGUUUUAUUCUUCUGAUUAAAGUUCUUCCAGAGCAACCAAGAUUUUCUAAUAUCUUGAAAAAUAACAUCAAAAAUAAUAAUGACAAUAAUUUGUCAAAAGUAAUUUGACUUUCAUUUGGUGAAAAUACUCUUCACAUUUAUGUAUCUUAUUUUUUGAGACAUUCAUGCAAAUGGCAACUGUAAACCUUAUCCUCUUUUCUUGCCAUUUAGAAGCAAAACACUAAAAUUUGUCAAAAUAACUCGAGGUAAAUCUCAAGAAUUCUAAUAGUAGGUAAUGAAAAAACUAUCUUUUGAUGCCAUCAACACAUAGUGAAAUUCAGUCUGUCAUUUUUUUUUUCAGGAUAAAGAACUAUUUGUAUAUUUAUUUAAGAAAUUCUUGUAUAGCUAAAUAUUGUCAGUAUAUCUUAUAUUCGUGUGUUUCUCUAACAAAACACAAUAUGUUAUUUGAAAAUUCAUUCAACCUAAAUGACAAAUCAUUUUUAGACAGUUAUUUAAAAUCAGUUUAACACCUUGCAUCAUUUGUUAAAAUAGAGAAACUGGCAUCUGUUUCCUUAUGAGUAUUAUUACAUAUUAUAUCAAGUUUGCCUUAUUAUAUUUAGUAAGAUGCUAAUCUAAAAAUAAAAACCAUGACUUUAUCAUAAUCAAGGCAGAAAUAGCAAGAUUAUUUUUUAAAGUUUCUAAAAAUGUCCAACGGUUUUUUUUACAAAGAAAGGCAUUCACGAGCUGACCAAAGUUGGGGAGUGUUCUCUAGCACAUCUGAUUGUGUUGCAUUCCAGUUCCAGUUCCCUUGCUGGAACAAAUGCAGCAUUCCCAGAGCCCAGCAGUUGGCAGUCCUCCAGCCGUCUCCCCUCCCAGCUAGCAUUUGGUGCGGGGAGGAUUCCACUCCAGGAACAAGCCAUUCCUCUCCACGUAGCCAGAAUCCUGAGGCUAACAGUUUAGAACUGCUUUCGGCUUGGGCUUGCUGGUAGGGGGCCGGGGGCCUCUGAGAGGCUCUCACAAAGUAUCCAGGAUCCAGAACACAGGGCAGUGUGGAUUGAGGUCAGCCUUUCCUGGGUAGAAAAGAAAUCAAGCCAGUAGGCAAAGAAGCUGUUCCAACAUGUGGCUUCAUGGAUGUGAGAAAUACAUCUUUUACCCAAAUGAGCCAGUCCAACAAUAUUGCUAUGAAUAGAAAUGGCUUCUUCAUCAAGAAAAUUCCUUUAUUAACCUUUGAAUAAAGGUUAAUCCAGGGCUUCCCUGUAGCUCAGAUGGUAAAGAAUCUGCCUGAAACGCAGGAGACCCACGUUCCAUCCCUGGGUUGGGAAGAUCCCCUGGAGAAGGGAAUGGCAACCUAUCCAGUAUUCUUGCCUGGAGAAUCCCAUGAACAGAGGAGCCUGGUGGGUACAGUCCAUGGGGUCGCAAACAGUCAGACACGACUGAGCGACUAACACCACUACUACUAGUAAGCUUUGAAUGGUUUACCUUUACCAUUUACCCACCUUAUCUCACUUGUCUGUGACCCUGAGAGGAAGAGUGUUACAUUUUGUCGCAGGUUACAGGCAAGUGGCCCACCUGGAAUGGAAGCCAGA